GCAGAGCCCGCAACUGCCAAGAUUUGUCGACCGUGCCAACGUGCCAGGCACGCCAGCCCAAUGGUAGACUACAUAUUUCAUUCACUCUGCACCCUGUGACCCCUUCACUCAGAUCUUUUCCCCUUGAAUACUGUGUUGCUUCCUGGAUGUUUGCUGCGGGGCAGCUGGUGACGCCAUCAAAGCUGGAUACCUCGUCAGUACGGCAAGAGUUCCCCGGUCCGAGUUCCCUGUCCAAGCUCCAAGCUCCAAGCUCCAAGCUCCACCCCUGGCUUCCGCAGGCAAAGCAAACAAUUCCUUGAUUGUGGAAAUCAAAGCAGGAGGCAAUGACCUUUCUGCGCAGCUCUAUUCUCGCUUGACAUGCAAUAUGAAUGACUAAAUACGCGGUGCAAAGAAAAAAAGAAAGAAGUAAAAAAAAAAGACGAGAGAGAAACAAAAAACCGAAGGCUCUGCCUUGCCGAAUAACCCGCAGUUUCUGGCCGCUGGUUUUCAAGCCCGCCCGGCUUGCUGCGCCAUGGCCUGGCCAGCUAAGACCACCGGACUCAUUGAUUAGCAGGCAGCACUCUGGUCUUCAAGUCUCGGAGACCUUCAAAAAUCGAACUCAUCCACCAUCCCUCACGAUCUUCGGAAGCGUCUAUCAGAGUGAACCCCCCCCCCUCGGCCCAAACACAAGAACAAGCCCUCAUCGGGCCCCUCCUUGCCACCUACCGCCGACGGUGCGAACAGGCACCCUCACCUAGCUUCCACAGCGAUGGCUCCCUCGUCCAGAGCGAUUCCCAUCCGACAUCCUGACAGUAACAACCAGAUUAGCACAACUGUUGCGCCAAGCGAGGAGAAAAAGACGUCCAAGCCCGUGGAGGUCGCCCAGGCUCAGCCCAAGCGGGUGCUGGAGCCAGCUGUACGGCAAGACAAGGACGUGGAAGCAGGACUCAGCAUCUAUGCGCGCCCGUUUGUCCCAGAGAUCUUCACCAUCAUCAACACUCUUCCUCCCCUAGCCGUGCAUUCUACGGUUCCGAGGAAGGCAAUAAACAUUGCCGCCUAUGUUGACAGGUCGUUCGGGUCCUUUGCCCCCUUGCUACCGAGCUUGCCUCUGCUCACCUUCGACUUCCCGACUACCGCCAGGGCCAGCCUUCGCGACGCCAAGGAAUACGAGGAGUUCUUUCAACUGCACCUGCGUGAGGAACUCAAGGCCCAGCAGACACAGAAUGAGGGAUACUCCUUGUACGGCCACGACGUAGUGAUCAAGCCUUACUUGCGAGAUUUCCAGUCUUUUCAGAACCAAGCAGAGACAAUCUGCUCGCUACGGGUCCCUGGACUCAGAGAGAACAGCCCUCUUGUCGAAGAAGAUGAUGUUGUGCAUCUUCGACAACUUGUGUAUGGCCAGGACGGCAGCCCACUCCACAUGCGAGAGUGGCUAGGGGAGACAAAGGCGACGAGACCCACAGGCGCCCUCCCACAACAGAGGCACAUGUUCAAGAGGGGCAGCCAGGCCCCGGGUUGGACGAAUGUUCUUCUCUCUGCGCGUGUUCUCAAUGUCUUGCGCGCAAAGGAGUUGCUCAUUCUUCGAGUAAGCGGCCUCCCUGGUGUGUUCCCAACCGAGCGCACAGAGAGAUUCAACGUGCAGUUCCCCUACCCUGUCGAGAGGUACCUUCCCAUGCAACACGCACUUCCCAUUGUGCGGCAGGGGCUUUCUAGGCUGCGGGAGUAUCGGGAAUCCACAGGGAGCCCGACAGACAGCAGCACGGCCAGGCUCGUCGGCCCGAUAAUCGAGCAACCGGUACACUGGAUUCAGUCGAUGCUGUUCCCGACUCUGCGAGACUCUAAUAUGCAGGAAAAGCUCCAUCCUGGUCAGUUUCGCCAGAAGUUCUUCGAUCAAGUGCUCAACUGGGAGCAAAAGAAAGCAGUUGAGGCCGUCUGCGGAGGAGGAUACGGCAAGUUGCCGUACCUUAUUUCUGGGCCACCUGGCACAGGGAAGACGAAGACUAUCAUUGAGAUUGCCUUGCAGCUACUCAAGGAUACGAGCGCGCAUGGCCAUAUCCUUCUGUGUGCACCCUCAGACCCGGCGGCAGACACUUUGGUCCAUCGCUUGCAGCAGCAUCUCAAGACCAGCGAGAUGUUGCGUCUCAACCGACCAGGCCGAACAUUUGCUGAGGUGUCUGGGGCGGUAUUGCCAUAUUGCAACAUUGUGAACGACGCUUUUGCACUUCCGGAUGUACAAGAACUUAUGAAGUAUCGUGUGGUUGUCACAACUUGCCGCGACUCGUCUCUUCUCGCCCGAGGUAGGGCAACAAAUUCCGACCUUUACAUGGUGGAGGAUGCUCUGCGAAGAAUGACCAGAUCUUUCCAUCCACUGGACAGUGCCUUGGAAGGCAACAAACUACAUUGGUCUGCACUACUCAUUGACGAAGCGGCCCAAGCUACGGAGCCUGAAGCUUUGAUACCCCUGACUGUUGUUGCGCCGCACAUAAGCUCACCCGAGACCCUGUCACCGCUUUUCGUGAUGGCCGGUGACGAACACCAGCUGGGCCCUCGCACUUUGAUUCCCGCCUCGCCUCUCAAGGUAUCUCUUUUCGCCCGGCUGUUCAAGCGGGAUGUCUAUGCAGAGCACCCUCUAGCUCGGGGAAAGCCGCUGACGCAGUCAUUGCUGCCGAUUCCCUGUCCGGCGUUCGCGAACCUGAAGCGGAACUAUCGCUCUCACCCAUCCAUACUCGCGGUGCCGUCGAACCUCUUUUAUGCUGACGAUCUAGAGCCAGAAGCGAGCGACAUCAACCGCCUGGCAGACUGGGACGGCUGGCGCGGCCGGGGGUGGCCUGUGCUCUUCCACGACAACGCCUCCCAAGAUGAACUCGAGCUCCCGGGCGUGAUGGAAGGCACUGGCGGCUGGUUCAACGCUGGCGAGGCUGAUAUCGCCUGCCGGUAUGCCGCGUCGCUGGUGAAAUCGGGGCUGAUCGACCAGAGCGAGGUCUGCAUCAUGUCGCCGUUCAAGACGCAAGUCCAAAAGCUGCGCAAGCGGAUGAGAGACGAUCGCUUGUGGGAUGUGAAUAUUGGCCCACUGGAGGCAUUCCAGGGCCUCGAGCGGGGCGUAGUGAUACUGUGCGUGACGAGGUCGAGGGCGAAAUUUCUCGAGGAAGACCAACGCCAGGGUUGGGGCGUCAUCGGCACCCCUAACAAAAUGAACGUGGCGCUCACGAGAGCCAAAUCAGGGCUGAUUGUCAUUGGCAAGCGCGAGCUUCUGGUUGGGGACCCCAACUGGAAGGCAUUUGUGGAUUAUUGCGAGCGGAACGGCCUCACGAGCGACGAGAGAGAGCCCAAUGGCAAAGACGCUCGUGACAGCAACUCACACGAGCGAACCCGACUCGAGAAGAUCCUUAUUGAACAGGAGAGGACGUCGCAUCUGCAAUCCGCAGACGAGGGGUGGGGGCUACGAUACGACCUGGAUACGGACCAGGACAUGUGGACACACGGCAUGAUGGAGACACCGGCAGAGUUCACGGGCAACGGAUUGAGAUGACGGCCAGAACCACAAAGAGAGAAUUAUCUCCAGGGAUAGGAUUGUGGGAACAGCAUCUUUAGGAUUCUGUUUGGACAGCAUUUUGGGAUAUUGCGGCGAAAUGAUCCACGUUGAGGGACUGACUGUUUUGUAAUUGAUAAUGGUGGACUUAGAAAGACAUCACCAUAGAAAUAAUUGAUACCAGGAGUGGUACUCGAGUA